CCUUCAUCCUCUUCUUUGUAUCUUUAGCACAACUCAACAAUCAAGAAGAUCAGAUCAAGGUGUGAGACACUUAUCAAAAUCCACUGAUUAGUCAAUCUAUCAAUCAAUCAAUCAAAUCAAAAGCUCAUCAAAAAAGGAUGUCGUCCUCAUCAGCUGCUUUUUCACCGGACCACCUCUCUCCCUCCGACCAGCUCUGUUACGUCCAUUGCAACUUUUGCGACACUGUUCUCGCUGUGAGUGUUCCUAGCACUAGCUUGUUCAAGACUGUUACGGUUCGAUGCGGCCACUGCACCAAUCUUUUGUCUGUCAACAUGCGUGGUUUGCUUCUUCCUGCAGCUAAUCAGCUUCACCUUGGCCAUUCUUUCUUUACUCCUCAGAAUCUCCUGGAGGAGAUCCGAAGUAGUGCACCAACAAAUAUGCUGACCAAUCAGCCAAACCCAAAUGACUCGGUUAUGCCUGCUAUUCGAGGAGGAGUUGAGGAGAUACCCAAACCUCCAGUGGUCAACAGACCUCCGGAGAAGAGACAGAGAGUCCCAUCUGCCUACAACCGCUUCAUCAAGGACGAAAUCCAACGCAUCAAAGCUGGGAAUCCUGAUAUAAGUCACAGAGAGGCCUUCAGUGCCGCUGCCAAGAAUUGGGCCCACUUCCCACACAUACAUUUCGGACUUAUGCCAGAUCAACCCUUGAAGAAAACUAGCAUACGCCAACAGGAAGGAGAGGAGGUGCUUAUGAAAGAUGGGUUCUUUGCUCCAACCAAUGUAGGUGUCACUCCGUACUAA